AGCUGCCUAAAAAGUUAUCGAACCCCUCCUAAUCAAGGAUGAACGCAUCUUCACCACCGACCACCUUCCCUCGUCCAGCUUCCAGCCCCUCAUAGCUCCCGCCCAUCCAUCCCUGUCAACGGCGUAGUCCUCCACUGCGCGCCGUCCCGACGUCUGUCCCAGGCACUCCCAGCCCGCAUUCCCGCCGCCUUCCUGGCGUAGGUCUCAAACUUCAAUUUAGUAAGAAAUAAAUGAGCAAGAGACCACCGCCAGACCCGGUUUCAGUUCUUAGGGGCCACCGUGCUUCAGUAACAGAUGUCAGUUUUCAUCCGUCGAAAAGCAUAUUGUUCACUGGGUCUGCUGAUGGUGAAUUGUUCAUUUGGAAUACUGUGAAGCAUAGAGCAAUAUCAUCUGCCUGGGUAUAUAGUGCCCCCCAUGGGAUAACCUGCAUUGCAUCUAGUUCUCUCAUCGGAGAAAACAAAGUUAUCAGCCAAAGCAGGGAUGGAACUGUAAAAUGCUGGGAGUUUGGAGAUGGAGGCUUGUCAAGGACUCCUUUAGUUACAUUAAAUACAAGCUCUCACCACUUUUGUAAGCUUUCACUAGUAAAGAGGCCAAAUGGAGCUCAAUAUAUCAACAAAGACAGGGGGAGCAUAGAAAAUGUUGACAAUAACAAGGGCAUUGAUGACGAUAAAGUACAUUCACAGGAAGUUGAAGAUGUUGGGCAUUUUGCAGGGCGCGGAUACUUUGCCAUACCAGAGCAAUUAUCACAUAAGGUUGAGAUUUGGGAUCUCAAUACUGCAGAAAGAUUUACAGCACUACCUCAGAGCUCUGGUGCUUCCAACCCACAGUCGAGAGGAUUGUGCAUGGCAGUUCAAGCAUUUAUAUCUCCUGAUUCUCAGGGUUUCCUUAAUGUUUUAUCUGGCUAUGAGGAUGGGUCCAUGCUUUGGUGGGAUUUGAGGAAUCCUGGUGUCCCACUGACUACUAUGAAGUUUCAUUCUGAACCAGUUUUAAGCAUAUCUAUCGAUGGAUCGUGCAAAGGAGGGAUUUCUGGAGCUGCCGAUCAGAACAUUGUGAUGUUCACACUGGAUCAUUCAAUGGGGACCUGUUUAGUCAAGAAGGAAAUUGAUUUGGAGCGACCAGGCAUAGCUGGGUCCUCAAUACGUCCAGACGGCAAAAUCGCUGCAACUGCUGGUUGGGAUCACCGAGUUAGGGUAUACAAUUAUCGCAAAGGAAAUGCUUUGGCUAUACUGAAAUAUCAUCAUAGCUUGUGCACAGCUGUUUCGUUCUCACCUGACAGUAAACUAAUGGCCUCUUCUUCAGAAGAUACAACUGUAGCGUUGUGGGAACUUUAUCAACCAGGAACGUGAUUUGGAUCUACUCCCAAGUAUCCUGCACGUGUAUUUAAUUGUAAAUAAAUUGUGGACAAAUGCUGCAAGUUGGAUUAUUUCGUAAUAAUGAUUUGUUUCUUGAUAGAUAAAAAAGGAUUUUCAUACGUAGAGUUGAUAGAACUAUUCAAAGUAUUAAGAAAUUUACAGAAAAAGAUCAAGA